UAAACUCUCACACUUUCCCAUUCUUGCCACCACUCACCACCACUUCCUCCGCCCUCCACGGUGGUGCAAAAGAGUAGCCAUAAAGUUGCUCUCUUUUUUGCAAAAAUGGGUCAGGGGUUGAGUUGUGGAUCAGGUGAUGAACAUGGCUUAUUUACUGCUGUUCAGUGUGGUGAUGUGGAGACAUUAAAAGCUGUUUUAGAGAAAAACCCAUCUCUAAUUCAUCAUUCUACAGUGUAUGAUCGCCAGUCAGCUUUGCAUAUUGCUGCUGCUAAUGGUCAGAUCGAGGUUGUUACUAUGCUGUUAAACCAAUCUGUCAACCCGGAUUUGUUAAAUCGCUAUAAGCAGACUCCAUUGAUGCUAGCAGCAAUGCACGGGAAGAUCUCUUGUGUGCAAAAGCUUAUUGAAGCAGGAGCUAAUAUUUUGAAGUUUGAUUCGCUAAAUGGAAGAACAUGUUUGCACUAUGCUGCUUACUAUGGUCACUCUGAGUGCCUUAAAGCAAUUCUUUCUGCGGCUCGCACGUCUCAUGUUGCAGCAUCUUGGGGAUAUGCCCGGUUUGUGAAUGUUAGAGAUGGGAAAGGAGCAACACCUUUGCACUUAGCAGCUCGUCAAAGACGGCCUGAAUGUGUUCACAUUUUACUGGACAAUGGCGCUUUGGUUUGCGCUUCAACUGGUGGAUAUGGAUUUCCAGGUAGCACUCCACUUCAUUUGGCUGCAAGAGGUGGUUCUCUUGAUUGCAUCCGCGAAUUAUUGGCGUGGGGAGCAGAUCGACUACACAGAGAUGCCUCGGGGAGAAUACCGUACACGGUUGCUUUAAGGUACCACCACGGUGCAUGUGCGGCUUUAUUGAAUCCUUCAUCAGCAGAGCCUCUCGUGUGGCCAUCGCCGUUGAAGUUCAUCAGUCAGCUCAAUGAAGAGGCGAAGGCUCUCCUCGAACAUGCCUUAAUGGAAGCAAAUAAGGAGAGGGAAAAGAAUAUCCUAAAGGGGACAGAUUACUCGCCACCGUCCCCUACUCAAUCUGAUGCAGGGAUGGAUGAUAACAUCUCUGAGGUCAGUGAUACAGAAGUAUGUUGUAUAUGUUUCGAUCAAUUAUGCACAAUUGAAGUCCAGGACUGUGGGCACCAAAUGUGUGCACAUUGCGUACUUGCCUUAUGCUGCCACAACAAGCCAAAUCCGACCACGACUAGUCCUCCGGAACCAGUGUGCCCCUUCUGCAGAAGCAACAUUGUACAAUUACAUGUUAUCAAGGUUACAAAGGACGACGGCAUAGACCGUGAUAUCUCCUCAAAGCUUCGAAAGUCUAGGAGAUCACGAAACUUCAGCGAGGGCAGUAGUAGUUUUAAGGGCUUAUCAGCAGUAAGUUCUUUUGGCAUAAUGACUGGCCGUGGCUCGGGUAGGAUCGCUGCUGAAAACGAAUGGAUCGAUAAGCCAUUAAGCGUUGAUUGAUAGUACAAAUUUGGUAUCAAAGUUACAAACUUGGCAAUUAAGAUCAGUCCAGGUUGGGGUCUUGCUUCUCAAAUGGUAUAUAUAGAUAGAUCUUUCUCUUCCCUCUGCAUUGUAGAUUUGGGAAAUAAGCAAAGUUAAAAUGGUUUGCAGGUUUGGCUAGAUGAGUACUAUAUUAUUUGUGUGGGUCACAAAAAAAUGAGUAUUGCUGUAAAUUUCUGUUUACCAUAAACCGUGGUCCGGUUUCCCGGAUCCCGUGCAUAGCGGGACCUUAGUACAUCCGCUUUUUUUUCUUGAAAAAGGGUGGUAGUUCUUAGGGGCUAGUAGUAGUCACUUUGGAUAGGUAAAAUUCUUUGCAGUUACCNUUUUUUUUUUACUGGUUCCUUUAUUUGGUGAAAACACAACAUUAUUCCAUUGUCUCCCACAUUGGUGAAGAUUGCAGUAUGAUGAAAGCAUUGGGAAAGAGUCAAAACUCAAAGCAAGUGAUGAGAAAAGUAGACCCCACCUUACCCUAUCUUUUUCUUUAAUUUAAAGCAGCCUCUAGGUGUGAAAUGAACUACAGUAUUGUUUAUGAGAAAAAAGGGUGUGAAAUGAACUAUAAUUUGUAUCAAUCAUUUUUUAUUUUCAGCAGAUAUUAAUGAAUAUUGUAUAAUAGCUGGUACAAGUUGCAAGGACAUUUA